UAGGGUAUGAGGCUUUUGCCAUAAUUAAAGAAGCGGACUGCUGUGUCACCUUUAAAUGCAGACCAAAGAAUGUUUGCAUCUUUGAAGGUAAUAUGUAUAAGGUUGGGAAUUCCAUAUGGACAGACAAGUCAUCUUGUAGAGAAUGCCAUUGCUCAAAUGAAAGUAACCCAAUUACAGGACUGAAUGUUAUCAAAUGUAUAUCUCUAAUAUGCAUGACAAAUUGUCCACAGGGUUACACUUAUCAGAAAUCCCCAUCGGCGUGUUGUGGAGAGUGCGUGCAGGUAUCCUGUAUUGUGAAGUAUCCCAGUGGAUCCCUCUAUCUUCUAAAGCCAGGAGAAUCACAGUCCUUUAAAGAAGACAACUGCACACAGUACUCAUGCAAGCUCAUUAAUAACAACUUUGUGACAUCAUCGCAGACACAAAGCUGUCCUAAGAUUCGUGAGGAGGAGUGUGAGUCUGUGGAUAUUAUAAAGGCACCUGAUGGAUGCUGUGAUAUAUGCAAAGUACCAAAGACCUGUAUGGUUCAAAAGAAAAUGACUAGAAUUACUUACAAGGACUGUUAUGCUGACGUUAUUCUGUCCUACUGUGAAGGGUUGUGUCCGAGCUCAACAGUGUUCUCCACAAACACCAUGAAUAUGCUAACGACAUGUGGAUGUUGCCAGGAACUGACGGCAAUUAAGAAGAUAAUAAACCUUUUCUGCCCUUUAACUAAUAAAAGCAUACAAAUCAGUGUAAUUGUUGCAGUGAGUUGUGGAUGCACCAGUAAAGUGUGCAAAGCUUAAGUCCCCACUAACUACUACAUUAACUGUCUCAGAACCGGGCAUAAAACUUCUCAGCAAAUAGCCAUCUCAUUAGGAAACUUGUAUUCUACUCUCUGCAUCUACAAAAACUAUUCCGAGUUCGAUCAUCCUGUUUUUAAUUUACUCAGUCUGUACAAACUUUAUUUUAAAAUAUCAUCAAUGUUCAAAUUAACUAAUUUGUUGUUACUAUUAAAUACACUGGAAUGAUCUUCAGCUUAUUUUUGUCUCUCUGUUAUUUAUUUAACCUGGUGGGCAUCAUGUAGCCCAGCUAUGUUACACUUAUUAGUCUCUUCUUCCUGUAAUUUUGUAAGGCAGUUGAUAAACCAUAUGUUCUGGUAUGUUUCACUUUAUUAAAGGGACAUGAAACCCAAAA